AUUAACAAGCUGAUGUAAAAAGAACAGGUGAGAGGCGGUUGAGAGAAACAGAGGAAGCGUGAAUCUGAAAGCCACCCAAACAGGAGGAGAAAUCCUGGCUACUGGAUACAGCUUGUGGAAAUUAAACCUCUCAGUGAGACUUGUGCGGAUCGGACAACAUUUUAUUCCUUGAGAUCAAAAGCUAAACCGACGCUUUCGGGAGUUUGUGGUGAAUUUGUUGUGCUCUCGCUACACUGGACUCACGCUAUACCAUGGACUCUCUUUAACAGCUCAACUUCAUUUAUUGACUUCAGAGCUGACAAUGGGCCCAGGUGGCCGGUGGUUGUGUUUGUGCACCGUGGCGCUUCUAGCAGCUUCGUGUUGGGGAACCAAACAAUGCCUGGAUGGGGUCACAAUCAAUGUGAUCCUGCUGGAUGAUGCCGAGUCUCCCUGGAGCCUGAAGUAUGUGGACGGAGAAAUAACGAAGGCCAUAGAGAAAGAUUCUGCCAUUAAUGCUGCAGAAGGCAUGAAGUUUAAUCUCACGGCCAAUUUUAGCGGCUUCGACACGAUGCUCUACCGCUAUAGUGGCUGCCAGAGUAGCGCCUGUGAAGGAGUGCUGGAGCUAAAGAACCUGUUGGAUUCAGCCACGUUGGGAUGUGCUGUGCUUGGGCCCACCUGCACCUAUGCCACCUUCCCGAUAGUUGAUGCGGAAAAGGGCUUCAGGCUCAGUACACCCGUCAUCUCAGCGGGAAGCUUCGGCCUCUCCUGUGACUACACACUCAACUUGCAGCGGCUCCUGCCUCCGGCACGCAAGAUCUCGGACUUUUUCAUCAAGUUCUGGGAGGUUCAAAACAAACUCAAACCGGAGUGGAAGACGGCAUACGUGUACAAAAAACAGAGCAACACAGAGGAUUGCUUUUGGUAUAUAAAUGCCCUGGAUGCAGAUUUGAGCAAGUUUGCCAAAAAUGUAUCAAGAAUGGUUCUACGGAAACCAAGCGACCUGAGAGACGUGCUGGGAUCGUCCAAAAACAGGACAAGCAACCUGUUCAUCAUGUGCGGGUCUCCGCAGGACCUGGUGGAGGCGAAAAAUGUCUCCGAUGCAGCAGACAGCAGUGAAAUUCUCUUCGUCCUUAUUGAUCUUUACAACGAUAUAUACUACACCAACGUAUCGUCGAUGCCACAAAUGAAGAACGUGUUGGUGCUGACUAUGCCCAACACCAGGAACUACACCAUCAACCCAAACCUUAACGACAGCAACACGAUGAACGACUACAUGGCCGCGUACCACGAUUCAGUGCUGCUGAUAGGCCAAGUGAUGAGAAACAUCGCCAGUAAAAAUCAGUCUGAGAUCCAUCAAAUGGAAUUUGUGAAUGCGAAUUACUUCAGAAACACUCAGUUCGAAGGACUCGCUGGACUUUACAAGAUGGAUCAGCACGGAGACAGAGAUGUGAACCUGUCAGUGAUUUACACCACAGGCGACAACAAGUACAAGAUUCUAUUCGAAUUCGACACUGAGAAAAACCAGACUAAAAUUAUAGACAUGGAUCCUUUCUUCAUCUGGGGACAAAGACUUCCUAAUCACCAACCCCUCAGCGGUAACACACGCGUCGACACUGAGCUUAAUGACAUCAUAGUCAUCGUGUUGGCCGUCACAGUGGUCAUAGUGGCCAUCAUUGCCUUUGUUUUCUACAGACAGAACAGACGAGACCGACUGGUCAGGAAACGCUGGUCCCACAUUAACCUUGAUCUCAUCACACUGCUGGAGAAAAACGAACUGAACAUGGUCUCUCUCAAGAUUGAAAAUGAGAGCAUAAGAAGGAAUUUCAAAAUCCGGCGUGCCCUCUACGACAAGAAGAUGGUGAUUCUGAAGGAGCUGAAGCACUCGGAUGGAAACUUCAAUAAAGCCCAGAGAAUUGAACUCAACUCGCUGCUGCACAUCGACUAUUACAGCCUCACCAAGUUUUAUGGCACAGUAAAGAUUGAUCAGGGUGUGUUCGGAGUGUUUGAGUACGGAGAGCGGGGGUCACUGCGGUAUGUGCUGAAUGACAAGGUUUCAUACCCAGAGGAGACUUUUAUGGACUGGGAGUUUAAGAUCUCCGUCAUGUACGACAUCGCCAAGGGCAUGUCCUACCUUCAUGCCAGUGACAUCCAGGUGCACGGUCGGCUCAAGUCCACCAACUGCGUGGUGGACAAUCGCAUGGUGGUGAAGAUCACAGACUUUGGCUGCAACGCUUUUCUCAGCCCCGAGCAAGGUACAGAGGUGUCUGCUGCUCUGCUUUUGUUCAUUCCUUCACCUACUUUCUCAACCCUUUUCGCCUCCUGCGUCCUCUCAGACCUGUGGACGGCUCCGGAGCACCUGAGGAGUCACGGCACCUCUCAGAAAGGAGACGUCUACAGCUUUGCCAUCAUCUCUCAGGAGAUUGUUCUCAGAAAGAGCACCUUCUACACCAAGGCCUGCUCCAGACGAUCAGAAAAGGUGUCCAGGGUCAUCACAUCCUACUUAAGGCCUGAUCUAAACUUUGAUACAACUUCAGAGAAAGAAUUAGAGGUGUACACGUUGAUAAAAAGCUGUUGGGAGGAAGACCCAGAAAAAAGGCCAGAUUUUAAGAAGGUAGAAGCCUGCCUGGGGAAAAUCAUCAGCAAAAUCCACAACAUGGACAACGAGAGCUACAUGGACAACAUGAUCAGACGUCUGCAGAUGUACUCCAGGAACCUGGAGCACCUGGUGGAGGAGAGGACCGCCCUCUACAAGGCCGAGAGGGAUCGGGCCGACGACCUCAACUUCAUGCUUCUCCCUGGACCAGUGGUGAAGAGCCUGAAGGAGACCGGAGCCGUGGAGCCAGAGCUGUACGACGAGGUGACGAUUUAUUUCAGCGACAUUGUGGGCUUCACCACCCUGUGCCAGUACAGCACUCCGAUGGAGGUGGUGGACAUGCUCAACGACAUCUACAAGGGCUUCGACAGCAUCGUCGACCACCACGACGUGUACAAGGUGGAGACCAUAGGUGACGCCUACAUGGUUGCCUCCGGCCUCCCGAGGAGAAAUGGGAACAGGCAUGCGGUGGACAUCUGCCGAAUGGCGCUGGACAUCUUGGCGUUCAUGGGCACCUUCCAGCUCCGUCACCUGCCUGGUAUCCCCGUGUGGAUCCGCAUCGGCGUGCACUCAGGUCCCUGUGCAGCAGGCGUCGUGGGGAUAAAGAUGCCCAGAUAUUGUUUAUUCGGGGACACGGUCAACACGGCGUCCCGUAUGGAGUCCACAGGCCACCCCCUGCGCAUCCAUGUCAGCGAGCCUACUAUAAAUAUCCUGCAGAGGACGGACUGCAAGUUCGAGUACGAGAUGAGAGGAGAGACGUAUCUGAAGGGCAAAGGCACUGAGACAACCUACUGGCUGACCGGCGAAGCUGGCGAAGACUACGACCUCCCCACUCCACCCACAACAGAGAACUUCCAGCGGCUCCAGCAGGACCUCGCCCACAUGAUCCUGUCGUGUCUGGAGCGCCGCACGCGGGGAUCCGUGCGGCGGAAGAAGUCCGUCACCAGCCAGAGCGCGCAGGACGACGCCGACCGGGUGUCCGAGAGCAGCCAGCUGGAGUACCUGCACAUGGCCACUGUGGACAACACCCUCAGCACCUUCCUGUAGGACGGACCCGCCCAGGAGUGCGUCACGAUGAGCCGGCAGGAUUUUGAAGGAGGAGGAGAUAGUCUUUAUUUUUUUAAGUUUGUGUACAAAAUAAGUUUAAGGUGAUGUCAUGUUCGCUACCGGUUCCUAACGUAGUUUGUUGGAGCUGCAGAAGGUUGCCUAGAUGUUUAUUUCUGGAGAUCUGUCUGAUACGAGGAUCAGAGGAAGGCUCAGUGUCCCAUAUAUCGUCCAAAUCAUUUUCAAUAGUAGUGCACACGCAGACCUUGAGUAUAUUCUUAUCUCUGACAAAGAUUAAUUGAUCACUGAAGCCGUGUUUAAAGCUUGGUUGAGAAGUAGGUUAUUGCUUUUAUGCGUGGAACUGCUUGGCGUAUUUACAAGGCAAAGGUGGGGAAAUAAACCAGCCAGCUCGUCCUUGUUUUCCUAACAUGGAGACAUGGGAGCCAGUCAAAUCAUGUGGGCGGGUCUUAUGUGGUGAUGGGCGGAGCAUACGACCAGUGACACUUUAAAUGGUUUGAAGUCUGACCAGGCUUCUAGCAAAUUCCCCCACUGUGGGACAAAUAAAGGGUUUGUGUCUUAUUUGUGUGUGUGUGUGUGUGUGUGUGUGUGUGUGUGUGUGUACCGGCAGGGGGUCUCAGGUUUUCUUAGAUAUGGGGGAAACGCUGUGGAAAGUAAAGGUCGGGAACCCGUGCCCAAGAUGUUUGUUUUUGAAUGUCUCACGUUAAACAUGUGAUGUUGUAAAGGAAAUCUGAGAUGCAAGGUCAAGAAACAAGAUUUGAAUCUUAAACCAAAGGACAACUUUUUUUUUAUUUCUGUUGACAAUUAUGACAUUCAUGUACAUUAAAUAAAAUAAAAUAAAAUAAAAUAAAAUAAAAAAAUCUGU